UGGGGAUGAGCUUAUAUAGGCAAGUUUACAGACAGGAAAUAUGUUGAAGAAUAAAGAUCAUGGAAAAAAAGAGAUGACUCAUUUCAUACUAAUAAAUAAUUACUUGAAUAAUGAGAAUUAUAAGCUCAAUUUACGUUGUCGUUGAAGCUCCAAGUAAUUUACUGUCAAGCAAAAAACUUCACCUUUUAUCUUUAAUGGCUUCCAAAAUCCUUCCAUUCUUCAUCAUUUCCACUCUCAUAUUGCUUCUUCAACUUCAAUUCUCGUUAGCCGGACGAUAUGGCUACCCAGGCGGACAUGAUGGCUACCCAGGUGGACACGGCGGCUCCCCAGGCGGACACAGAGGCUCCCCAGGUGGAGAUGGUGGCUUUCCAGGCGGACACGGCGGUUCCCCAGGUGGCCACGGUGGCUUUCCGGGACACGGCGGCGCCCCAGGUGGAGGUCAUGGCUUUCCAGGCGGACUUGAUGCCGUUAGAGCUGGCUACUGGUUUCCGGGCGAGGGGUGUUCAGCUUCCGACAUAAACUCCACUCUCUUCACUCACCUUUUUGCCGAUGCAGCCGAUGUCGAUUCCCAAGCCAACCAAGUUGUCAUUGAUUAUGCAAAACACUCCGAGGUCUCGACCUUCACACAAACUGUCCAACAAAUUAAUCCUGAUGUCAAAACCCUUCUGUCAAUCGGUGGAGGCAGUGCAAAGAAAACCGAAUAUGCAUCAAUGGCGAGCGAAGGCACCACCCGAAAGUCCUUCAUCGAUUCCUCCAUAGAUCUCGCAAGGAAGUACAAUUUCCACGGCCUGGACUUUAACUGGGAGUAUCCCUCCACUCCCACCGAGAUGACCAACUACGGUCAACUCCUCAACGAGUGGCGAAAUGCCAUUAAAACCGAGUCGGCGACCUCAGGCAAGCCGCCUUUGCUUCUAUCUUCAGCAGUCUUUCACUCAUCCGAUUAUCAAACCAUGGCUUACCCAAUUGAGGCGGUAUCGCAUAACCUGGAUUGGAUCAAUAUCAAGGCUUACGACUUUUAUGGUCCGAAUUGGUCACAUGUAACAGGACCUCCUGCAGCAUUAUACAAUCCUCUGAGUGAUGAAGCUAAUAGUAACAAAGAUUACGGAGUCACAACCUGGAUUAACGCCGGCGCGCCAAAGCAAAAAGUCGUGAUGGGCAUUCCGUAUUACGGGUACGCCUGGAAGCUGGCGGAUGAAGACGAGCAUGGUUUUUUUGCACCAACGGAAGGGCCGGCUCUAUCCUCGGACGGGUCUGUUGGCUACAGUGAGAUUAAGAAUUUCAUAAGGAAAGAAUAUGCCACAACUGUGUACAAUGAAACUGCUGUUUCAAACUAUGCAUACUCUAAAUCAACUUGGAUUGGGUACGAUGAUACACAGACUGUUGCCACUAAGGUUCAAUAUAUCAAGAAGAGUAAAAUGCUCGGCUACUUUGCCUCGCAUGUUCAUCAUGAUGAAAAAUCGGUUCUUUCUCAAACAGCUUACGAGUCAUGGGAGGGUCAGUCAUGUGACUGAAUCAACUGCUGAGCGUUGAUGUAUUAAUGUAGAUGUAUUCAGAUGACUCCGAAUAAUAAUUUCAUACAAUAAUAUGAUGCAUGCAGAUGUAUCAUGUACGUGGUCACAUACGCGAAGGAUUAUAUGUGUAAUAAGGCAAAAAAAAUAAAAAAAAUAAGCCAAAUAAUAAUUACAAACAUACAUACUUUCUUUCUUUGAAUUAUUUAUUUUCAUCUUAUUGGAUGGCCUUAUCGAAUGUCAAUUGUGUGAGAUGGUGAGACUGUACCAUAUAAAUACUUUCAACUCAAACAUAAUAAUAGUUUCGUUAUGAACGA